AUGAGCACGUUGGCUGGACCGGUCCCAAGAAUGAUGCGGCCAGCCCCGGGACAGAAUUAUCCUCGCAGCAGCGGUUUCCCACUGGAAGUGUCAACGCCUUUAGGUCAAGGGAGAGUGAACCAGCUCGGAGGAGUUUUUAUAAAUGGCCGGCCUCUGCCAAAUCACAUCAGGCACAAGAUAGUGGAAAUGGCCCAUCACGGCAUCAGACCGUGUGUCAUCUCUCGGCAGCUCAGGGUCUCCCACGGCUGUGUCUCUAAAAUCCUCUGCAGAUACCAGGAGACGGGCUCUAUCAGACCAGGGGCCACUGGGAGCAAACCGAGGCAAAUGGCAAUACCAGACGUGGAAAAAAAGAUCGAAGAAUACAAGAAAGAGAAUCCUGGAAUGUUUAGUUGGGAAAUCCGGGAUAAGUUAUUGAAAGACGGCAUGUGUGAUCGGAACACCAUCCCCUCAGUGAGUUCAAUAAGCCGUAUUCUGAGGAGUAGAUUCGGAAAGAAAGAGGACGAAGAGGAUGACUGUGAAAGAAAGGAAUAUGAAGAGGGAGAUAAAAAGACCAAACACAGUAUAGACGGCAUUCUGGCAAACAAGGCUCCCUUCUAUCCCAGUUCUGAUGAGGCAUCAGAUAUUGACUCGGAGCCAGACCUGCCUCUGAAGCGGAAACAGCGUCGUAGUCGCACAACAUUUACAGCAGAACAGCUAGAGGAAUUAGAAAGAGCAUUUGAGAGAACUCACUAUCCAGAUAUCUACACUCGAGAGGAACUUGCACAGAGAGCUAAGCUUACAGAGGCACGAGUACAGGUUUGGUUCAGCAAUCGCCGUGCUCGUUGGAGGAAACAAGCAGGAGCCAAUCAACUAUUGGCAUUUAAUCACCUGAUCCCUGGAGGAUUCCCACCCACAGCAAUGCCAGCGCUGUCUCCUUAUCAGCUGUCUGAUGCCAGUUAUCCUCCUACAUCCAUACCACAGGCAAUCUCAGAUCCAAGCAACACAGUUCACAGGCCACAGCCUCUGCCUCCGACAUCAGUUCACCAGAGCAGCAUCCCUUCUACUCCAGACAGCAGUUCAGCUUACUGCUUAUCCACCAGCAGGCAUGGAUUUUCAGGGUACACAGACAGCUUUGUCUCUCCUACAGGGUCUACCAAUCCCAUGAACCCAACAGUUAGCAACGGCCUCUCACCUCAGGUAAUGGGACUCCUGGCAAAUCCUGGUGGUGUUCCGCACCAACCACAAACUGACUAUGCUCUGUCACCAUUAACUGGGGGUCUGGAACCUUCCACUUCAGUUUCUGCCAGCUGUAGUCAGCGGCUGGACCCUAUGAAACCUCUUGACAGCUUGCCCACCACCCAAACAUACUGCCCAUCAACUUACAGCUCCUCAGGUUACAGCAUGGAUUCAGUGGCAGGAUACCAGUAUGGACAAUAUGGGCAAAGUGCCUUUCAUUAUCUGAAGCCAGAUAUAGCAUGA